GCAGCAGGAUUCAGAAUCCGACGCGCCUCACCACCUGUCCUAAAUUUGCAACUCCAAACAAAACACAAAUUUGCACAUAAAAUAAACCAUAGCAUCGUUUUUCCGGCCCUCUUCAUCGGACACCGAUCACCCUCCGGCCAAAAAAUUGCUGCUUUUACGUUAUCGAUACUACUCACAUCUUCUUUCUCUGAUCUAUUUGAUCUUUAAUUUCUUCAUCUCAAAUUAGCAGGUACGUUUUCAGCUGUAACAGAUUUAAUUUUCUUUCUCUCAGAUCCCAACAGAUUUUGUUCUGUUUUGAUUGAAUCUUUAAAAAAGGAAAGCAAAAAUGAACUCUAACUACGGGAAAGGAUCAUCUAGCUCGUUGAACAACUUCAAUUUCGAUUUCGGACUAGGUUCGAGCCGACCCAAAUCCCUUAAUGAUCAAAAGAAUCCAACUUCUUCAUAUUCAUCGUAUUCAUCCUCAACAACAACGCAGCCUAAACCCGCCUGGCAACCUAAUAAACCUUCCUGGACUCACCAGCCCGCGCCGAGUCAGCCUACUUGGUCCGGGCUAAAUGGGCCCCCUUCUAUGGUGGGUGAUAUAUCUGGGAAGAGCUGGAAUUCAUCAAGUUCAGCUUCUGGGAUUGGGAUCGUAGAGAAGAACCCAAAUUUGUUUGGGGAUCUGGUCACCUCUGCUUUGGGGCAGGGAAACAAGGGUAAUAGCAAUGCUCCUUUGAAAACUGCUACACCCACAUCGAAUAAAACUGCCUAUUCGAUGGGCAAUCUUGCUGAUUCAUUGCCAAAAACAAAUAAUUCAGCGAAAAGUGGAGGAACUUGGGGAUCUAAUGGUAAUUUUGGGAGUUAUUCUAGUGAGUACAAUAAAACCAGCAGCAAUGUUAAUGCUGCUGGUAAUGGCAAUGUCAAUGUUAGUAGUAAUAUGAGUCCAAAUCUUGGUCGUCCUUCAAUGAAAAGUAUGAUGGGUGGAAGUGGAGUUGGAGGUGGAAUGGGUGGAAAUAGGGAUCCAUUCGGUUCUUUGGUUGAUUUUGGAUCGAAACAACAAUCUGGUAAUCUUAAUGCAGCAAGUAAAAGCGGUACCAAUGCUGGAGAUAAUGCAUUUGGAGAUUUUCAAAAUGCUGCAAAACCAAGCACAACAACAACAUUUCCAUCAGGUGGUUUUGGUGUGAGCAACAGUAGUUUCAUGGGAUCCAAUACCGUUUCCAAUUCAAAGAUUGAUGAUUUCGGGAUGCCUGGAAUGGACUUUGCUUCUCAAAAGCAGUCUCCUGUUCAAACUUCGAGUGGGGAUCCACUUGACAUGUUCUUUUCCUCCUCCUCGGGAGGUACUGCAACAGCAUCUGCAGGAGCAGGAGAGCAGCAGUUCUCAGAAGUUGAUGACUGGGGAUUGGAUUCAGGCUUUGGAGGAGGAGCUGGAAAUGAUUCAGGUGGUGCCACCACUGAGCUUGAAGGGCUUCCACCGCCCCCUGCUGGGGUCACAGCCUCUAUAGCAAAGAACAAAGGUGUUGAUAAUCAAAAGCAGGGGCAAUAUGCAGAUGCCAUCAAGUGGUUGUCUUGGGCUGUUGUACUUCUUGAGAAAACUGGUGACAAGGCUUCUACCACAGAGGUUUUGUCAUGCAGAGCUUCAUGCUAUAAAGAAGUUGGAGAGUAUAAGAAAGCAGUGGCUGACUGUACAAAGGUUCUCGAAGAUGAUGAUGGAAAUGUAUCUAUCCUUGUACAACGUGCACUCCUGUACGAAAGUAUGGAAAAGUACAAACUUGGGGCCGAAGACCUGAGGACUGUUCUGAAGAUUGAUCCUACUAAUAGGAUUGCAAAGAGUACCAUUCACCGCUUAACUAAAAUGGUAGACUAGAGAGAUUCUGCAAUUUGCAUUUGUAUCUUAGCUUUCCAUUUUGAUUAAUACAUCUUCCCUCUCACUAAAUCUGAGGGGAAUGAGGACAUUCUGUUCAAGUAAAUGUAUUUCAAUUGAUAAUCAUGGCAUACAUAUAGGAUGGGUGGAAUUUCAUUUGUUUUGAUUGUGAUGGAAUAUAGUCCUUAUUCGAUACUUAAAAAGAAGAGGCCUGGAAUUUUCCUGUUGAUUUUCUCUGCUUAUUCGUUGAAGUUUCAAUGUUUCUCUUAUGUAUUGUUGAAGUUCCAAUGUUUCUCUCAUGUAUUGCAGAAGAUACUCGAUUAUGUUUUUUGCUUAAUAGUUACCUCUAUUUUUGUGGUUUAA